AGUAUAAAAUUCAUAAAUUUAAAAUUUUUUGUAAUAAAGAUUUUAUAAAAUCUUUUUAUACUUUCCACGGGUAUUUGAAUAUGUUUCCUCAUAUUGCACAGAUUUUUUCGGAAGACAAAGAAAUGCAAAAAAUAUUUGAAAAAAAAUACAUUACUAAUUUAAAAAAUUGUAAGUGUUCUAUCUUUGAUUAUGUCUUUUUACUUAUGUGGAUUGAAAGUUUGCCUUAUGUUAAUUCUUCUAAUUAA